AUGCUAUCCGCAAUGACUUUGGCGUUCUGGCUUCUGCCCACUACGAGCGUGGCGAAGUCGAAUUUCACCACACAAUGCGACUCAUUGCCGGGUUUAAUCACAUCUUCCACUAGUAACAUCGGGGUCAUCACAACAAGUUCCGUACCGGCGAAUUCACUCAACGUAUCUGGAACCUUCAACCAAGUUGCAUUCUGUCGUGUCAACGGCAGUGUUCCAUACCCGGAAAAUAACACUGUCUUUUUUGAGGUCUGGCUCCCGGAGACUAGCGCAUACAAUGAGAGGUUCCUAGCUGUCGGCAAUGGCGGCUUGGCUGGUCGAAUCGACUAUGCCUCAAUGGUAGAAAAUGUCAACAAGGGCUUCGCGACUUCAGGAGGGGAUAGUGGUCAUCUUGCUUCCGAGAAUAAUGACGGCGAUGCAUACCCAGGCGGUAUCUACCUACCGUUCCUUCACGACCAGAACCAAGUCCUUGCAUGGAUCCGCAACUCAAUUGCUCUUUUCACGCCUGUGGCGAAAGAGAUUGCAACGGUCUACUAUGAGCAGCCUCCACAACAUGCAUACUACAAGGGGUGUUCAACCGGAGGGGCCCAAGGCUUUGCGCUUGCUCAGUACCACCCUCAACUAUUCGACGGCAUCAUCGCUGGCUGCCCAGGCAAUUGGUAUUCACAUCUGGCCCUGUCCUUCUUGUGGAACCAGCAGGUGACUCUGGUUUCUUCAUUCUUGCCACAAGAAUCACUAGACUUGAUGGCAAAUGCGGUACUAGACAAGUGUGACAUGCUGGAUGGUGUUGAGGACCGAGUUCUUGAGAACCCACUAGCAUGCACCUUUGACUUGGAUCAACUCGCUUGCACGACACCCGCAACUAACUCGUCAUCUUGCUUGACGCCUGAACAAAUCGUAGCUGCCAAGAAAAUAUACGCGGGACCGCGUCAUUCUCAGAGCAAUGCCAGCCUCUACCCCGGAUUCGAUCUGGGGAGUGAGUCGGAAUGGAUGAUGCAGGAGGGUCGUUUGUCUCUUUCAUUUUCUCUUCCUCUCUUGCAAAACAUGGUUUUCGACGACUUGAGCUACAAUGGCAGUACUUUCGACUGGGCUAGCGAUGUGUAUGCGCUGGAUCUCAAGGUUGGAAGCUUGAUUGACUCCACCAGUCCCAACCUGACUUCCUUCAAGGACAGGGGAGGAAAGCUUCUUGUGACGCAAGGAUGGGCCGAUCCUUUCAAUGCUGCAACCUGGCCUAUUGAUCAUUUGAAUGAGGUCUCUCGGAUGACAGGUGGCGUUCGAGAUGAAUGGUUGUCUUUAUUUAUGGUACCAGGUGGUGGUCACUGCGGAGGUGCUUCGAGUUAUACUCAUGUUCCUGGAAAGCAAAACUCCCUCGAAGCCCUUGUCGAGUGGGUCGAACUUGCGAAAGAUCCCGAAGCCCUGUUGGGAACCUCACCUGCCGAUGGAAGCGAAAGAACCAAAAGGCUGUGCCGAUGGCCUCGUACGGCAAAGUUUGUAGGGUCAGAUGUUGAUAGUUGGGAGUCUUUUAUUUGUGAAUGA